AUGAUUACAGUGUCUCCCUUUGUUCUCUUUGUCCCUCUACCUUCCACACACAACAGUAUCGUCUCUCUCUCUCCCUCUCCCUCUCCUUCCUCUCAACACUCCUUCCCAAAAGAAAGAAAGAAAGCAAUGGAGAGGCUAAACUCGAAGCUGUUUGUUGAAAACUGCUACAUAAUGAAAGAGAAUGAGAGGCUAAGGAAGAAAGCUGAGCUUCUGAAACAAGAGAACCAACAGCUUUUGUUUCAACUCAAACAAAAACUCUCCAAGACUAAGAACCAUGAUGGAUCAAACAGUAACGACAAUCUCUGUUCAUCAAGCUCUGCUUCUGGACAAUCGUGA